AUGGGGGACUGGAGUUUCCUGGGGAACAUCUUGGAGGAGGUUAAUGAGCACUCCACGGUCAUCGGCCGCGUAUGGCUCACGGUGCUUUUCAUCUUUCGGAUCCUCAUCCUCGGCACUGCAGCAGAGUUCGUGUGGGGGGAUGAGCAGUCUGACUUCGUGUGCAACACCCAGCAGCCAGGUUGCGAGAACGUCUGCUACGACGAGGCCUUCCCCAUCUCCCACAUCCGUCUCUGGGUCCUGCAGAUCAUCUUCGUCUCCACGCCGUCGCUGGUGUACGUGGGGCACGCGGUGCACCACGUCCGCAUGGAGGAGAAGCGCAAGGAGCGCGAGGCCGAGGAGCUGAGCCAGCAGUCGCCGGGCAACGGCGGCGAGAGGGCGCCCCUAGCGGCGGACCAGGGCAGCGUCAAGAAGGGCAGCAGCAGCUGCAAGGGCACCAAGAAGUUCCGGCUGGAGGGGACCCUGCUGAGGACCUACGUCUGCCACAUCAUCUUCAAGACCCUCUUUGAGGUGGGCUUCAUCGUGGGCCACUACUUCCUGUAUGGCUUCCGGAUCCUGCCUCUCUACCGCUGCAGCCGGUGGCCCUGCCCCAACGUGGUGGACUGCUUUGUGUCACGACCCACCGAGAAAACCAUCUUCAUCCUCUUCAUGCUCUCCGUGGCCUCCGUGUCCCUCUUUCUCAAUAUUCUGGAGCUGAGCCACCUGAGCCUGAAGAAAAUCCGAUCCGCCUUCAAGAGGCCAGUGGAGCAGCCACUGGGGGAGAUUCCUGAGAAGUCCCUCCACUCCAUUGCCGUCUCCUCCAUCCAGAAGGCCAAGGGCUACCAGCUCCUCGAAGAAGAGAAAAUCGUGUCCCAUUAUUUCCCUUUGACGGAGGUGGGGAUGGUGGAGGCCAGCCCCCUUUCUGCCAAGCCUUUCAGUCAGUUCGAGGAGAAGGUGGGCCCGGGGCCCCUGGGAGAUUUAUCCAGGGCCUACCAGGAGACACUGCCUUCCUACGCUCAGGUGGGCGCCCAGGAGGCAGUCGCGGAGGGGCAGCCCGUAGAGGCGGCCGCGGAACUAGAGGGGGGUGAGAAGAGUCAAGAGGCGGAGAGAGUGAGCACAGAAGGCCAAGAGGCCCUGGCCGUGCUGGAAGCGGAGAAAGUGGAGCCCCCCGAAGUGGAGAAGGAGGUUGAGAAAGAAGAGCCGCCGCCUGAGAAGGUAUCACAGCAAGAGCUGACGCCUGAGAAGGCGCCUUCGCUGUGUGCGGAGCUGCCAGGGGACGACACCAGACCCCUGAGCAGGCUGAGCAAAGCCAGCAGCCGGGCCAGGUCAGACGAUCUCACCGUGUGAAGCGGUGCCAGAGAGAGAAAGAAAACGCCUGAGCUAACUAACACACGGCAAGAUGAAACCUAAAGUUGCCGACACGAUUUGAGUCCUCUCCCUCCCCUCACACCCACCCUGGUCGGACAGGCACCGUGGUAGAACCGUGCAUGCCGUACAACCAGGAAACUGCCUUUCCCGGGUACAAAGGCUACCCAGAUAAACCCAUUGUCCCAUCAAAGUUCCCAGUCUCAUGACUGCCCUACCCCUCUCCACAGCCACGGGCAAUUCUGCUUUCAUCCCCAUUUCCCCAUAGAAAGCCUUUCAAUCAGAACUGAUUGCCUCAGAGCUUUUUACCAGCCUUGUGGCAACUUUACAAACUCAGCUGAACUUGACCAACUCAGCACUUCCCUAGCAGACACCGUGUGGCAUGUAUCAGCGGUUCCAAACUUAACCGCCUACAGGAUGCAGGCGGUUUAAUUGGUGAAGUGGUUUAAAUUGGUGAAGUGCACCUGUUCUAAUGCCAUGCGACGGCUGGGGCAGUGAAAUUUGGAGAGCAGAGGGAAGUUGCUCGUUUUCAGGCAGCGAUUAUCAGACAGUGUUACCUGGCCAUCUGAUUUUUCAAGAAAAGCCAGAAAUCCAAAUGUUCAAGUGAAGUUUUCCACAUUUUUAACAUUGUCAACCAAAUUUUAAAUAUGCCGUGUGAGCACCCCCCCCCCACGCCAAAAAAAUGUGCAAGCCAAAUUUAACCUGCAGGGCACCGAUUUGCAAGUUCAGCUGAUACUUGUGAGCCCAGCUUCCCUAUGGAAUUGGUCAUAUUAUUUAUGGUCUCAACUCAUUUCUGUGGCUUCCAAACCUCAUUUUACCAUUUUGGACUGUUUGGUUUAAAUCAUCAGUGCGGGAGAUGUCCAGAGUUCUCACUGGCCUUUCUUUUGGGUCACAGUAGCCCUGGGUGCUGAUGCAAUUACAUCCCUUGUAUUAGUGGGAAUUCUGCACUGGGCACCAUCAGAAAAGGAGAACAAGACUCCAUACUCUCCCCAAACUGAAAAGGUUUUAAAAAUCCCGGUUGCUGUUUUCUUCCCUAAAGCAGGAAAGGUCCCUUUCUUUCCUGUCCUCUGACAGCUUCAACACUCAGCCUGAAAUCUACACCUCCUUUUUUCAGGGACUGGGAACAAACCUAGUUCUGGGCCAAAAGAUGCCUCCUACUGGCUUGUCUUGAGGAGAACCAGCCCUCAGGCCUUGCUCGGGCACAAGAUGUGUACCAAAAGAGUCAUCAGAGGGCCACCAGGGAGAGCCUCUUACAAACUGGGAACACAAACAGCCAGGGUCCCUGUCUAGUCCCAGGUCAGACUUCUUCCCUGGAAGGGACCUAGAAGCUGAAGGGAAAAGAAGAUCUUCUACCCUUUGUGCCCCCAACCAACACUCCACAAAUCUAGAGGCCAAUCAGGGGAAAUCCUCAGGUAUAAGCUCAUAUUUCACACACACAGUAAUUUUAUCUAGAGCCAACCAGUUCCCAAAGCAGAGGGAGAAAUUGAUAACCAAGAUGGUUCAUCUAAACCAAAGCUAUGCUUCAUGGGUUGCAGUGCCAAGGAUAAGGUAGGAGGGAUAGAAACCAAGUUGACAUCACAGGGAACUAGACAGGAGAAACCCAGAGCCAGAGAAAAACAGCCUUCAUUGUAUGCCCCCCAUCCAGCACCACCCCCCAAAAAGGCAAAUCCCUUGUGCUGACCUCUGGUUACCACCUUCCUUUUGAGAUAUUCAUUCUAGAUAUGCUCUCCAGACCAAAGCCUCCUCAAAAACUAUUCCUCCCCUGUGACAGUAUUCCCACUCCUUGGUGCUCCAUCCUAAAGCAAAAUGAUCUAAAAAUUAAAUUCAUUCUAAGAUAUGA